AUGAAUGCAUUUACUUUAGAACUUACCUGUGGGUUGAGGAAUAUUGAUGAUAUACAGUCAAUAAUUCAGCGUACUCAAUGGGAGAAACUGUUAGAAAAUGCUACACAGUUUGGUGGUCCACGGAAUGUGUAUCCCUUAAGAAAUUCUUUCCAAAGGACUAGUUGUAUUGAAAUUAAUUCAUAUAGUAACGGUAGAUAUUAUUUGACUGGAACAAAUGAUGGCUCAGUAGCAUUAUGGCAAUUCGAUACUGGUAUUACUAAUGAAAUGGAACAUGGCAAUGGUUCGACACAAAGACGCUUAAUUAACAAAAGGAUGAAAGAAUGCAAAGGUAAAGCACCAACAAAUGCUACCAACCGUAAUAACAAUACUAAGACAGGAGUUCAACCAUCCACAUACAAUAAUAACAUUGACAGUUCAAGAUUAGUACAUAGUUUCGAGACGAAAUAUAAUAAAUAUAGAUUAUAUCGGGGGAAUAGCGGUGAUUCUUCCAUGGGAUCAACUAAUUCUAAACAGUUCGAAAAUAAUAUGAAUCAGCCAUUAUCAUCACAUAGUCUAAAACAUCACCAAUAUGGUAUUACUUGCAUGAAAUGGUAUGGAAAUGAUGAUGGGAUGUUCUUCACGGCAAGUCAUGAUAAAAUGAUCAAGAUAUGGGAUACAAACACAUUUUCAGUGGCUCAAGACAUUGAAUUUAAUUAUGAUAUUCAUCAAUUAGAUAGUGUACCGAGUGAGAUGAAUUGUAUAUUUGUUGCAUCAGAUGAUUAUUAUCCCAGAAUGAUAGAUUUAAGGAGUAUGAAUUUGGGUGUUACAAUAUUUGGUAAAAGUAGUAAAAAUAGUAAAUUAACAACAAUGAACUCUGAAAUAUUAUCGUGUAAAUGCAAUCCAAUGAAGGAUCAUAUUGUAGCUUCUAGUGAUAAUGAUGGGAGAAUAAAACUUUGGGAUCUACGUAUGAGAAACCGACUGUUAAUGGAAUUGCAACAUCAUGAUAGUCGAUUCAAUAAUAAAGCACACGUAAAACCGUGCAAUGACCUUACUUGGACCGAAGAUGGUAAACAUCUAAUAUCCAUUGGGUUGGAUGGGAAGAUCUUGAAAUGGGAACCAUUCAAUAUUGCAAUAUCUAAUAUGGUGACUCAAAUUGGUGAUACUGAUGUCUCAAGGAAUAAAUAUAAAAAUAGAACCUCUCAAAGAUUAUUAUCAUGUAAUAAAUAUUUGAUUGUCAAUACAGAUUAUUCGGAGUUGCAAAUCUUUGAUAUUGUACAAAACAAAUUUUGGAAUAAGAUCGACUAUCCUACCGAUUUAUUAAAUGAAGAUGAUGGAAAUGAUGGAAUGUUUUGUGGUAUGUCAGCGCAAACAGACCUAUCUAAUUCAAUGGGACUUCGAUUAUUAGUAGGUGCAAACAGUGUUCAUAGCACCAAAAGUGAUUUGCGGAACAAUAUUCUUGAGUUUACUUGCUAA